CCAUCUUAUGUAUACUACCACUGUAACCUACUUUCUCCACCGGUCGUAGAGAGAGUGGCAGCUAGUUGGCCCAACAAUGGCGUCGAACGCAUUGAGGAGCUGCGGUGUUGCAGCUGUGUUCCCUUCACUUCUUUCUUCAUCCAAGUCUAAAUUCGCCACAGCCCUGCCACUCCCCAAUGCGGCCAAUGCCUCCUCCGCACGCUUUACCAUGUCCGCCGAGUGGAUGCCCGGCCAACCUCGCCCUCCCUACCUCGAUGGUUCAGCACCUGGGGACUUUGGUUUCGACCCUCUUCGGCUUGGUGAAGUACCGGAAACCCUCGAAAGAUUCAAGGAAUCAGAACUCAUUCACUGCAGAUGGGCAAUGCUUGCAGUUCCAGGGAUCUUAGUGCCAGAGGCAUUAGGAUUGGGAAACUGGGUGCAGGCACAGGAGUGGGCGGCGGUCCCAGGUGGGCAAGCAACUUACCUGGGCAACCCAGUCCCAUGGGGAACUCUCCCAACCAUCUUGGUCAUCGAGUUCCUCUCUAUUUCCUUUGUGGAGCACCAACGUAGCAUGGAGAAGGAUCCUGAGAAGAAGAAGUACCCCGGUGGAGCCUUCGACCCCUUGGGCUACUCCAAGGACCCUGUCAAAUUCGAGGAGUACAAGGUCAAGGAGGUCAAAAACGGUCGUCUUGCUUUGUUAGCCUUCGUUGGAUUCUGCGUUCAACAAUCAGCUUACCCAGGAACAGGGCCUUUAGAGAACCUCGCAACCCACUUGGCUGAUCCAUGGCACAACAACAUCGGGAAUGUCCUCAUACCUAGAGGGGUUUUGCCAUGAUCCCAGUAAUCUCAUCUAAACCAACUGUAAAAGUACUACUCCAUGUAAUCAUCUAUAAUGAAACAGAAUUGCGUCUUUUUGAUCUC